AUGUCUAGCACCAGAGUGGUAGCGAUAACCGGAUGCGACAGUGGCCUUGGAUGGGCGGUGGCCGCCCGCUCAGCCCGCGAGGGUCUUGUUACAAUCGCGGGCAUGUACAAAGGGACGGACACGGAUGCCUCGCGCGCCUUGAGCAAUUUAUGCGCCCACCCGUAUCCACUUGAUGUGACUAGGCCGGACAGCGUCAGUAGGUUUCGUGAUUACGUACAGGCUAUUUUGAGAGUUAAUACUAAUUACAGAUUGUACGCAGUUGUCAAUAAUGCAGGGGUCAUGACUAUCGGUGAUUUUGAAUGGCAAACCCCAAAUAUUAUAGAGAACACUAUAAAUGUUAACUUGCUUGGUGCUAUGCGAAUCGUUUCAGCAUUUUUGCCCGAGCUUAGAAGAAGUGUAGCUGAUGGAAUUCCACAAACACGAAUACGAAAUGUUACAGUGAGUGAGAUAUUUGAGAGUGCAAUAAAGCCCCGUAUAAUCAACGUAGCAAGCCACUGCGGUUUGCAGCCACUGCCCGGCUUUGGGCCGUACUGCGCUAGCAAGGCGGGCUUGUUGGCUUGGACGCGGGCUUUGCGGCUCGAACAGCGGGAAAACGGCUUAAGCGCUUCAGCAUUUAUACCAGGCGGUUUUAUUAGCUCUAGUAAUUUGAUGUCGCAUCAAGUAGCACAAGGCAAUGACAUGAUGGAACAUUUAUCUGAGGAACAGAGAGUUCUAUACGCAAAUAGAAUCAAGACUCUUUGCAAGUAUCUAGGAGCAGCUGUGAGCGAUACAAGAUUUGACUCAAUGAAGGACGAAAACAUAAUAGAGACAUUUAUGAAAGCUCUAUCUGAAGAACAUCCAAAAGAACUGUAUAAGGUUGAAUCGUGGAGGUACAUGUUCUACUACAAUUUGUUGAAAUUGCCUAUUCCUGAGUCUGCGCACAAAUGGCUUACAGAGAGGUUCAUCAAUUUUCCUCGGGAUGAA